UAUGGAUUUUUCAAAAUAUGUUCAUUUACCAAAAUUAAUGGAAGUAAUUAAGGAAGAAAAAGAAUUUAAAGAAAUUUUGGACUUGUGUGAAAAAAAUAUUUAUAGAAAAAAUAAAAAAAAAGUACAUAAAUUGGAAGAAGAGAUUAUACCACAACAAGAAAACAAUACUACAGCAGAAAGAGAAAUUGAUCAAUCAACAAGACCAGUUCCAAUUAGAGCAACAGAAGAAAUUCCACAAACAUCAACUAUUGCAGACAACACUAUUGCUACAACACUAAGAGAACAAACUGCAAUAACUACAACAAGUGAUGAAGUAAUUAUUGAAGCUGCAGCCAGAGCAGAAGCAGCAACAACAGCAUCAGCAGACACUGGAACAACUAUUAAAAUAAGUGAUUGUAAUGCAGUCAAUUAUACACAAAUGGAUAUUGGUUUAUUAGAAGAAUUGGGUAUUAAUUUACAAAUUGGCCAAGAAAUUGAGAUGGAAGAGAUAAAUGAAGUAGAAGAAGAAGAGGAAGAAAUAGUAGAUAAAUUCUACUUUGAUUUACAAAAAAAAAUGAAAGAAAAAUAG